AUGCCGGAUAAGGUUGAUGCUGCCAAGCUUGCCGCCGCAUCGUCCGGCAUCCCACCCAUGCGCCUUCCGGUCGAGUACAAGCAUGCAAAUGGUGAUGCGGAGUGGAGCAUAUUGGAGCUACAGGGAGAGCUGAUCGCAGACUCGAAAGCAUCAUUAAAGCUAGGCCAACUCCAGUAUCAAAAGGGUGUUCCAACGCUGCUCAUUGGCACGCACUUGCUGGAAGGAAAAGUAGUCAAACUGCCCAAGCCCAUGGCUAUCAUGCGAAAGAAGGCGAAGGAGGUCAGCGCAGACGAUACCGACACAACAUCCACUGCCUACACCGUCGUGGGAAUUGCACGCAAGAAACUGGUGUUCAAUUCACGGCCGAAACCAGUGGUCGACCAUCUUUCGAGUUAAUUGAACGUUGUGGCACCCCUUGCUCCACGAUUAUACUGCGGCGGCGGGAAUCGAGCAUGCUUCCCAUGUCUCCGGAACCCAGUUAAAGCGGAAGGCAGGGCAAUGGACGACGGUGAUGGAGAGACGCUCCGAUGGCUCAGGCACACUCCCACCGCCACUGGAGUACGUGCGGUGUUGCUUGUGUGGAGCGUUGGCGUCGACGUUCUGUAGUUUCACCGUCAGUUUUCCAUUCGAAUGUGAACGUGAUGCCAAAGUUCAAUGCAAAAAAUGUCGACGAAGUUAUCG